GCUGGCUCCCGGUUCCCUUGUGCGGGAUUUGAAGGCAGCGAGCGCUGAGGAAGGAGCAGAGCUCGGCUGGGCAGUGUCUGUGUGCGCCGCAGCACUGAGGGGCGGCAUGGGACGGGACGGGAAGGAUUCUUGGCCAGGCUGCGAAGCAGCAGAGCCAGCCGUGAGUCACCGCAGCCACCGCAGAGGUUGGGUAAGAAGCGCAGCAGCACAAUUGGAGCAGCGCCGUGACCUCAGAGCCGAGCCGUGUAUUUAAGAUCUGGCUCGCAGAUGUUGCGGGAGGCUGGGGCAGCGCAGAGCGGCCGGCUGAGGCACAGAGGACACUGCCAGCCCCGGGAUGCUCGCACCGCUGCUGCUCUCUGCCCUGCUCUGCCACCGGGCUGCAGCCUGGGGCCUCGGCAAGGAUGGCGUGCUGCACAACUCCAUCUGGCUGGGUUUCCACGUGUGUGCUGCCGGCUGGAUGGCCAAGGGCAGAGUUGGCUAUCCCAUAGUAAAAGCUGGAGCCAACUGUGGCUUUGGCAAGACUGGGAUUGUUGAUUAUGGGAUUCGCCUCAACAGGAGCGAGAGGAAAAGAGUGUGGAGGAGUCUUCACAGAUUCCAAACACGUUUUCAAGUCGCCAGGCUACCCGAACGAGUACGAGAACAACCAGGUGUGCUACUGGCACAUCCGGGUCCGGUACGGGCAGAGGAUCCACCUGCAGUUCCUGGAGUUCGACGUCGAGGAUGACAUUGCCUGCCAGGGGGACUUCCUGGAGGUCUACGACAGCUACGAUGAUGUCAAUGGGUUUGUGGGCAGGUUUUGUGGAGAUGAGUUGCCAGAUGACAUCAUUAGCACAGGGAACGUGAUGACACUGAAGUUCCUGACAGACGGCUCGGUGACUGCAGGGGGGUUCCAGAUCCGCUACUCCGCCCUGGACACGCCUGCCCCGGCCAAAAACGCCUCAGCCCAGGGCAAAAACACCUUCCAGGCUGGGAAAUUUGGGAUUAUGUGAGCACAACUCCAGGCACGGAAAGGGGCUCUGGACUGAACACUGAAAAAAAAAAAAAUCAGAUUUUUUUCUGGCUUUUUUUUCAUCUCUUUCUGAGAUUUUUUCAUUUUUCUUUCUGAGUUUUUCUCUUUGGCUUUUCUAUGUUUUGUAAUAAACUACACUAGGGAAUAAAUUAUAAGAUAUACUUACAUGGAAAAUAGAGAAUUAUUUUUAGAAUACAAGUACUGUAAAAAUCAGAAGAAUUCAUUGCUACCAAAGACUUUAAUAUUUUUAAUAUAAACUGUUCCUUCUCCUCAUUUCUUACACCACUUGAACAAACUUUUUGUGUGUCUGUCCUGAU